GCACUAAGUCAUUAAGAGUGCCCUGUACACCUUGUGUCACUCUAGUGUCAGGCAGCAGGAGGGAAGGGACGGUUGAGAAAAAAAGAGCAAAAACUCAAAGAUCAGCAGGACCCUUUCCAAAAUCAUCCAUUUCUUCUUCUUAACACAUCAUUUUUGGAAUCUACAACCUUUUGCCUUAUUUUAAUUUUUCAUAUUUAUUCAUUUCUGGCACUGCUAAGACUGGAUUUAUCAUGUCCACAACUCUAGCAACUUGCAAUGUCAGUGCUACCGUGUGCUCUGGCACAUCUUGCCUGGUGCCAGAAAGUGACUUUAACUUACUCCUGAGCACUGUCUUAAGCUCAGUGCUCACUGCCAUGUUAGCCAUUGUCAUGUUUUCCAUGGGCUGCACGGUAGAAGUGCACAAGCUCUGGGCACAUAUCCGCCGGCCAUGGGGGAUCUUCAUUGGCUUUCUCUGCCAGUUUGGUAUCAUGCCCUUUACUGCAUUCGCCUUCUCGCUAGCCUUCAAUGUGCUUCCUGUACAGGCUGUGGUCAUCUUAAUCAUGGGCUGCUGUCCUGGAGGCACCAACUCCAAUGUCAUGACCUACUGGCUGGAUGGAGACAUGGAUCUCAGUAUCAGCAUGACAACAUGUUCAUCCAUCCUGGCGCUGGGGAUGAUGCCACUUUGUCUGCUCAUUUACACUUCAGUCUGGAUCUCAGCUGAUACCAUCCAGAUUCCUUAUGACAGCAUAGGCAUUACACUGGUGUGUCUGAUCAUACCUGUGACUUUGGGAAUCUUUGUCAAACACCGCUGGCCCAAGGCGGCAAAAAAGAUCCUGAAGUUUGGCUCUAUAGUGGGCAUCCUUUUGAUUAUCAUCAUUGCUGUGGUGGGUGGUGUGCUGUAUCAGUCCUCAUGGACAAUCGCUCCUUCUCUAUGGAUAAUCGGUUCAAUCUACCCGCUCGUCGGCUUUGGCCUGGGCUUUCUGCUGGCUCGAUUUGUAGGACAGCCCUGGUACAGGUGUCGCACUAUUGCGCUAGAGACAGGCUUCCAGAACUCACAGCUGUGCAGCACAAUUGUUCAGUUGUCCUUCAGUCCUGACGAACUGGAGGUCAUGUUCGCCUUCCCCUUAAUCUACAGCAUCUUCCAGCUUGUUGUGGCCAUGCUGGCAAUUGGAGGUUACCAGCUAUACAAGAAGAAAUUUAAAGGAAAAUUGACUGAGGAAGACAGCGAGAAGGCUGAUAGAUCUGCUGACACUGUCUCUUAUAAAGACAAGCAUGCUUUGGAAAAUGGAGGAUUCCAGAGUGAUGAAAAUGGAAACACUGAAGGCAAGGGAACAGUCACUCAGCUGUGAGCUGGCAUCAGGCUGUAUCUCCAUAUGGACUGCCUUCUGCUGGCAGAAGGGUAUUUACUGACAGAACUGUUUUGCCCCUGGCCGCUGGAAUGAGCUCCCUGUUCAGACAUGUUAUUUAUUACUGUUCACGUGUCUCUGGACAUUUGUAGCUUUGUAGCAUGAUGGAAGGCUGGAUGGAAAACCAAAGUGUAAUACCCGAGUGUGUCAGUACAAAGGGUUCCCUUACAGCAUUUAUUAUAUAGCUUUAUGAAUAAUGUGCAUUUCAGAACAUCAGUACUAGAUCAGUGCAUAUCGAUUCUGCACAUUAUUCUUAUAACUGAAUCACAUAUCUUAACAGCCUCACUGCUCAACAUUUACUCUUUUCACUUUUUCAACUAACUCUAGUAAAAAACAAAAACAAUGCAUUUCUAAAUGAUCAUGUACUGAUUUAUACAGACACACUGAGCACUAAGGUGACUUACUGGUUGUUUUUUCUUAAAGGAAUAGGCACAGACUAAAUCUUGUGGGCACAAACUUUAUCGAUGUUUAUUUUACAUUAGAUUCUCAUUACACAGAUGUAAAUAUAUAUAUAUCUAUGUGAUUAUAUAUCAGUCGAGUUUCUUGGGGGUUAAAAGAAACACAGGAUACGUAACAGGAUGUGUAUUCAUGGUGAUCAUUUGUGGCAUAUUUUUACUAACAUAAUACAAACCUGUGCAUGAAUUUUGAAAGGAAACAGGAAAUUAAUGCUCAAAUUACAGUGUAUACUUUCCAAUCUGAAAUAUGAUAGAGAGGAAGCAACAUAUUUGCUGUAUUGGAGUGUUUUCUUGUAAAAGCAAGUCUAAAAAACUGAUCAUGAACAAACAGAAGAGUGUUUAUGACAGAUUGCUCAUUAGCUCUUUACUGGAUGCCAAGACCUAAACAGUAAUUUAACAAUUCAACAAGGAUUUGGGUUUUUUUCUCCUGCAGAAACCUGCCUGGUAGGAAAAUGUAUGUUUUAUGAUAAUAAAGAUGAUGCGUAGCUCACUG